CAGAUCUUCAUUCCCACCACGAGAUGCGUUUGCAACGCUGAAGUGCCUAAAGAGACAGACACGUGAUUUAGGAAAAUCUGUGGGAUCUGGUUCCUUUCCAUUCCCCUACCUGCGAUCUGGGACUUUCUCCCUCAGAUUCAAACAUUCCCUUCUCCAUUUUUGGAUUUUCUUCUCAAACUCAUUAUGUUCCUCUUUGACUGGUUCUAUGGCGUUCUCGCUUCCCUUGGUCUCUGGCAAAAAGAAGCCAAGAUUCUCUUCCUUGGUCUUGAUAAUGCCGGCAAGACCACCCUCCUUCACAUGCUCAAAGACGAGAGAUUAGUUCAGCACCAACCAACCCAACAUCCCACUUCGGAGGAAUUGAGCAUUGGGAAAAUAAAGUUUAAGGCUUUUGAUUUGGGUGGUCAUCAAGUUGCUCGCAGAGUCUGGAAAGACUAUUAUGCAAAGGUGGAUGCUGUUGUUUACCUUGUUGAUGCCUACGACAAAGAGAGGUUUGCAGAAUCGAAGAAGGAGCUUGAUGCCUUGCUUUCAGAUGAAUCCUUAGCAAUUGUUCCAUUUCUUGUGCUAGGCAACAAGAUUGACAUCCCGUAUGCAGCUUCAGAAGAUGAGCUACGAUAUCAUCUAGGCCUAACCAAUUUCACCACAGGCAAAGGAAAAAUCAAUCUCUCAGAUUCCAACCUUCGACCUCUUGAAGUUUUCAUGUGCAGCAUCGUUCGCAAGAUGGGAUAUGGCGAUGGCUUCCAGUGGCUUUCCCAAUAUAUCAAGUAGAGUCAGCAUCUUUUUUGUUCCCCUUUCCCUGUCAACUAGCACUGUCUGCAGUUACAUCAGAAGAGAUUUUACUCUUUGUUUUUGCUUUUGAUGAUUUUGAUUGGAUUAUUUGAUACAACUGCAAUGAAAUUACAUGAUAAAAUUUGUAUCUUCAAAGAUUUUUUUGAGGGAAUAUUCUCCUUUAAAAUAUUCUACUCUGUUGUUGGGUGAUAUGACUU